AUGCACGAUGAUCCGCUCGCGCGGGGAUCAUCCGCCUGCGCGCAGAAUCUACCGCGCCCCGGCCCAGUGGCAGCAGGAGGGGGUGUCGGAGUGGCGGGGGGGGGAGGGCCCGGGGGAGCUGCAGCCGGAGGGGGAGGCGGAGCAGCGACAGGGGGGUUGGGGGGACCCUUUCCACGAGUGGCGCAGCAGGGGCAGGGGGGAGAGCCUGGACAGCUGGGGGACCUCUAUGCCCAUCUGGACGCUGAGCUGGAAGGUCAGCAGAAUGAUGAUAUCGAAGGGCAUGUGCACGUCUUUGCCUUCAGUGUUGACAACACCACGUUCAACCUCCUGUACGUCAUCAGUGUGAUGCAAGUCCCGGAGCAAGCACCUCCCACCAACGCCACAAUCACCAGCAAGCAGAACGACACCGUGCUCUUCAUUCCAGCCACGUGGCGCGAAACCACUGUACCUGCUGGGAUCCGUCUGUAUUUGACUCUCAACGCGCACGGGAGCAGCCAUGGGUUUCCUGACGCUGCUGGUCGUUUUCUGCGCUUUAGGUAUGCUAUGCUAUCCCCGCUAUCAUCCGCGUGCGCCCAACAGCCCCCAGGGGGAGGGGGCGGAGCACCAGGGGGGGGAACGCCUGUGCCAGCAGGGGGAGGGGGCGGAGCACCUCAGGGGGGCGGAGCACCAGGGGGGGGAACGCCUGUGCCAGCAGGGGGAGGGGGCGGAGCACCUCAGGGGGGCGGAGCACCAGGGGGGGGAACGCCUGUGCCAGCAGGGGGAGGGGGCGGAGCACCUCAGGGGGGCGGAGCACCUCAGGGGGGCGGAGCGCCUCAGGGGGGCGGAGCUCCUCAGGGGGGGGGAGCACCUCAGGGGGGCGGAGCUCCUCAGGGGGGGGGAGCACCUCAGGGGGGCGGAGCACCUCAGGGGGGCGGAGCACCUCAGGGGGGCGGAGCACCUCAGGGGGGCGGAGCACCUCAGGGGGGCGGAGCGCCUCAGGGGGACGGAGCUCCUCAGGGGGGGGGAGCACCUCAGGGGGGCGGAGCUCCUCAGGGGGGGGGAGCACCUCAGGGGGGCGGAGCACCUCAGGGGGGCGGAGCACCUCAGGGAGGCGGAGCACCUCAGGGGGGCGGAGCACCUCAGGGGGGCGGAGCACCUCAGGGGGGCGGAGCACCUCAGGGGGGCGGAGCACCUGGGGGGGGAGCAGCCCCAGGGGGGGGAGCAGCCCCAGGGGGCGGAGCAGCCCCAGGAGGAGGAACGCCUGUACCAGCGGCGGGAGGCGGAGCAGCAGGGGGAGGAGGCCCUGGGGGGCCUGGGGGGGCUGGGGCAGCAGGGGGAGGGGGGCCGGGGGGGCCAGGGGGUGCGCUUGACAAGGUUGGGAAGAAGGUUCCGCGGGUUGCGCAGCAGCAGCAGCAGGGGGGAGGGCCGGGGGGGGCAGAGCUGGGGGACCUCUAUGCCCAUCUGGAGGGUGAGCUGGAGGGGCAGAACAACGACGACAUCGAAGGGGAGAUCCACCUCUACACCUUCCGCACCUCUUCUGGAGCCUUCAACGUGCUCUAUGUCCUCACAGUCAAGCAGCUCCCCCAGCAGUCCCCCCCCACCAACGCCACCAUCACCCGCGGCCGCUCCGUCGCCCUCACCUUCCCCGCCACGUGGCGCGAAACCACUGGCCAGCCGGGCUUCAAGCAGAACGACGCUGAUGAUGACGACGAUGGGGAUUGCCCGGACGGCAAGUGUUACAGUUACGCUGCGGUUGGUUACUGGGCGAAUGCGGAUAAGACAAUUACCGAUGUGGUGAACGGUAUGAUUGCGGAUGCCACGGCGUAUCAAGGGCACAUGACUUUGCCUUCAGGGGAGGAUGUGAAGGGAGAAUUUGAGCUCGAUUAA